AUGGAAUCUUCCGCGGCUAUUCCUGUUGGUCGCGUGCCAUCAACAAGUGGAGUUUGCGCUUCUAGGAGAAGCAACGCAGACUCGACUGAUAGCCUGGAAGAAGCGACAGAGGAGUACCCAGAAGGCGGUCUCAGAGCAUGGAUGGUCGUGUUGGGAGCUUGGUGCGCAAUGAUUCCAUCAAUGGGAAUGCUGAAUUCAUUGGCAAUUCUGGAAGCAUGGCUGAGCGAACAUGACCUACAAGGAAUUCCGAAAUCUACAACAGGUUGGGUUUUGAGCACCUAUGCGUUUUUCCUGUUUUUCUGUGGUGCACAAAUUGGUCCGAUCUUUGACUCCUACGAUGUCAGAUGGCUCAUUAUUCCUGGCUCAGUUGGAAUGAUUGCGUCAAUGAUUUGCAUGAGCUUCUCCCGAGAAUUCUACCAGUACCUGCUCUCAUUUGGUGUUCUUGGAGGGAUCUCAGCUUCCUUCCUCUACAACCCGGGAUUAUCCACAGUCGGUCAUUGGUUUCAGAAAAGACGUGGACUUGCAACAUGCAUUGCUUCAGACCCAAUGUACGGCACAAUUACAUUGGCACUAGUGCUUGUCGAAUUCUCCAUCUUCAUCCCGAUUUCAUAUAUAUCGUCAUACGGCCUUCAAUCUGGAUUCAGUCACCAUCAAGCUUAUAUGCUAAAUGUUUAUCUAAACGCCGGGGCCAUCCCAGGUCGAGCACUCCCGGGUUAUGUCGCAGACCGGUUUGGAGUUAUGAACACAAUGUGCGCAAUCUCGUUCUUCUGCAUGAUAUUCAUCUUCUGUCUGUGGUAUACUGCAUAUGGAAAUCAGGCCAUGACUAUAUCCUUCGCGGUCCUUUUUGGAUUCUGGUCAGGAGCAUCUGUCAGUCUAGCACCAGUAGCGAUUGGACUGGUCUGCAAGACCGAGGAUUACGGGAAGCGAAACGGCACAGCGUACACACUGGCCAGUUUUGGUACACUUAUUGGGAUCCCCAUCGGUGGUGCUCUCCUGGGAGCUGAAGGCAAAGCAUUUCAGGGUUUGAUUCUUUUUAGUGGCGCAUCAUACGUCUUUACCUUGGGAGCUUAUGUUCUUGGUCGUGGCCUCCUGAGUCGCUGGGGACUAUUGGCAAUUUGUUAA